AUGGGAACUUCCAUGCACCCUAAUUCAAAAUUAGAAAAGGGAGAAACUGAGAAAGAUGUAGAUGAGACUAGGUAUAUUGGCUCUCUUAUGUACUUAACUUCCUCUAGACCUGAUAUUGUGCAAAGUGUUGGAAUGUGUUCAAGAUUCCAAUCAAAACCAAAAGAGUCACAUCUUUCUGCAAAUAAGAGGAUCAUUAGAUAUGUUCAUGGCACAUCCAAUUUUGGUUUAUGGUAUCCUAAGGUUGAUAAUUUUUCUGCAGUUGGUUAUUGUGAUGCAAAUUUUGCUGGUGAUAAAGUUGAUAGAAGGGGCAUAUCAGGCUUCCGUUAUUUCCUUGGAAAGUCUCUGAAUGUUUGGUCAAUUUUUGUCUCACAGGAUGGGAUGAGACAAUUCUGGGCAAAUGAAGAAUCAUCUUUCUGA